CAUCGCCGUUAAUAAGAGUGGACAUAAUUACGGGGACCAUUUUUUUUCUAAUUAGCACACUUCGGUAUGGUCGGAGCCUGCAGGCCGGGCAAAAAGAAGGAAUCAGACAGGCAUGCCGAACGGGAAACAAAAAGAAGUCCAUCCACUGUAAUUAGGUGGGACAAAGGCUGGGAUUGUUCUCGGCUGGAGAUGUCGCUGGGGCUCUGCCCGCUCACUCCCAACAACUUACACUUCUCCACAGGCCGCUAAUAAGCCCCUAAUCGUCUUUCCGAUUCACACGGACAGAGGCCGCCACUGCACCCCCUGCCUCUCACACGGACCCUGGCUCACCUCUUCGGAGAAGAAUGGAUUGUGUCUGCAGAGAGAGAGAGAGUCUUGCAACAGCAGAGGAGUCUGGUGUGUUCUUUAGUCGAGAAUCCGGCUGCAAACACAAUAAAAACAUGUAUUUUUAAUGCAAACAUGAUUCAAAUAAGUCACAAGUCUAUUUAGCCACAAUAUCUUAUUUACUUAAGACUUGUUUAGAAUUGGUUUUAAUUAGUUUUAAGGCUCAAUUAAAACAUCAAAACCGCAAAGCUGUCAAACAGUUUUAAACUGCAACUCGAAAUUCAUUCUGUUAAUUCAUAGACCUAAUAAUUACAAUAACUUAUUUAAAGUUGGGUUAAAGUUUUGUUGAAUGAAAAAUAUAUUCAGAUUUAUAUUUAUAUGCAACUCAAUAAAGAGCCCCUUUAUUUUAAUCAUUAGAUGUGCAAAAGUGUCCAGUUCCCUCCAAAUACCAGUUGCACGCUCACUUGUUGAUGCUGAGUGAGGCACAUUGAUAUUCUCCUCCUUGACAUUCUCAAUAUGGUGCAUGCACUGCUGGCCGCCUGUCACCCGCAGCCAAGCAGCCCUCCAGGAAACGGGCCAGCCCCCGCAGAACUGGUCAUCCAUAUGGGAGAGAAAGGGAAAAAAACAUCCAUCCAUCCAUAUGCAGAGCUGACCUCACAUCCCUCAGUUCCCCGACAAACGUCAAGCCGAUGUGCCCCGGGUCUUUAAAUUAGCUGUCAAUUAGUGCAAAUUAAUCAACUCCUCGCCUAAUUAAGCAAUGCCAACGGGCAGCUACCAAACAGACCGUUGUGGGGGAGCCAUGAGAAAGCUGCGGGACCUGCAAACUCUGGAGGGCGGGGGGGAUUGUAUCACACCCUGAAUGUGCUCUCAUGCAGACCAAGGCUUGGCUCAUUUUGCUGCCAUCAUGUCUGCAACUCAGCAAAGAUGAUCCAGCGCUUCCUUUGACCUUGACCGUGCAAACGUUGUAAAACUGCAGAUUUUCUUUAUGAAAUAGUAAAAAUUUCAUUUCUGUUUCUGCAUGACCUUCUCUUAGAUGUGAAGUUCAUUGUGACAAGUGCAUUCCACACACUGCCACAUACAUCAGCACAAUAAGAUACUUGACAUGCAUUAAAGUGGGCGGCUUAAAUAUUAGAUUUUGACCGACUGACAGAAAGGUGUGAGGACCUUUUUUGUUUAGCAUCAAGCCUUUUUCGUUUCAGGAAUCUUGGAGAAAGAUGCAACUAAGAAAGAGUGGUGGCGCUACAAAUACAAACAAAACAAAAUCAACAGCUGCACUUUAAUCUGGAGAUGUCUAUCAGAUCCUGCAGGUCUUUUGAUGGGCAACCCAAUCUACAUGAAUGACUGAACUAAAUCUUCCCUUAAUCUGGAGCCCUAAGCAGCCGCUUUGCUGCAUGUAAAUCAGUGUGCAUUCAUUUUCCCAGGAGAUGGAUUAAUGAAAAUAAAACAUACACAGUGUUCAACAAACAGUCUGUACUUUGCAGAGGGAGUGAUGAUGGAGUGAGAGGCCUCGGUUGCUUCCUUGUAAUUGACGGGGGUCAUUCUGACACCCCCACCACACACACACACACACAUUAAUGACUUGAUCCCAACAGGCUGAUGUGUCAUUAGCAUAUCCUAAUAACAUCGAUUCCUUCAUUAAUAGAAUAUCCACUAAAUAGGCCCUAUUACUUUCAGCUCUCUACAGCCUCUAAUUGCAGCAGCAAUAUUUUUCUUCUUGUUAAUCAGCUGCUCGUUUCACUCUGAUAAAAUAAAAUAUGACUUUACAGGGCAUGCCACUUGAUCUUCUGCUCUUUUAGGCCACUUUAAGAUGUUUUCUCAAAAGACGUUUUUAUUUUCAUCAGAAUUUACACUCUGCUGUAUUUAACUCGAAUUCCUUCAGGUAUUUUUCUGCAGUGCGACCUUACCCUGCAACAAGUACCUUAGAGCAAGAAAUUAGCAAAUUACUGCAUAUUUAAAUGUCUAAAAAAAAUUAACAAUUGAUAUUUGCUAUUGCAGACUAAAGCUCUGGAUUGUUGUUAAUAAAAUAAUCGGUUUGAUUUGUUGUUUUAUUUCUAAUUAGCCCUCUAAAAUGACAACGAUAACUUGCCAAAUUAUUAUUAUUAUUAUUAUUAUUAUUAUUAUUAUUAUUAUUAUUAUUAUGCAUGACUGCAGCCGCUGUGGGAUUAGCGCCUUGCAGGACUUCGUCCACGUCCUCCAGCUGUCGUUUUUGGGAGGGCCUUUGAUUUGCGUGUGAUGAGUUUCCCCGAGCAUCUGGAGAUCAAUUAUCCAUCCGUGUGAGCCGGUGCCUGGGCAGAUAGAUCAUAGCUGGCUCCGUGUGUGUAUAAACCAUCCCGCGAAAGGCAAUACAUGCAGAUUUAUUCCGGGAGAUUGGGGUAAUUUUCCACAAACCUGCAGCAUUUCAAAGGUGGCAUCAGGAAGAUAGGUGUGAAAUGGGUUUGAUCUGAGUCACCGAGCAAUUAAAGUUUCUGAUAUUCUUUGGAAUAAAUCUUAAAAAUCUUAAUUUCGAUUUUGAUCGUGUGUAAUGUGUUUUAGCUUUUAUUCCCGCAGAGAAAUAAAGGAAUUUGGAAUUUUAAAUGUUCUCAGCAGUCUCUUCCUCGUCUGUCCACGCAGUCCUCAGGAAAAUGCAGAAAUGUAUCAGAGAGGGCGUUUAAUGCAUCCGUGAUCCGCCGGAAUCCUGCAUCCUUGCAGCUGAUUGGCUGCUGGCUGCUGCCUCUUGUUGGGAUGGACCUGUUGGAUAAAAGGACCAUUUUCUAAAGCACGGUGUGUUACACAGAGGAUCAUGCACUGGGGACCGUCCUGGAAGACGCUGCAAUAAGAAAACGGGCCUUUUAAGAAGCCUAAAAACACAAUGACGGGGAAAGAAGGUGCUGUGCUGACGGAAACUUUAAACCGUUCGGAGAAAUCUUCUCAGGGCGCAAACGGAGGGAGCCACCAGCCGAAGAGCGGCUCCAUCAACCCGCCACCCAGGUGCACCGGCUUUGGCAUCCAGGAGAUACUGGGGCUGAAUAAAGAGCCGCCCGCCACCCCGAGGAGUCCGCUGAGCUCGCUGCCGGCCGGGGCGCACCUGCUAGCCGCCAGGUCCGUGCUGGGCCCCGCUGGGAUGGGUGUCGGUGUCGGGAUGGGAUUAAUUGGGCCUGGUGGGAUUCCGUCAUUUUACAGCCAGCCAGCCUUUCUGGAGACGGUGCUGUCGGAGGGGCAGGAUGCUCACCUGCAGCCGCACAUCAGGUCGGUAGGGCGGCUGGACGCGGGCCAGUCAGCCAGCUCAGAUUCUGAGGAUUUAUCUUCAAACGAACGAAAACACUCCAAGUCAUCUCUAAGUCAGAACAAGAAACGCAAGAAAAGACGCCACCGAACCAUCUUCACCUCAUAUCAGCUGGAGGAGCUGGAGAAGGCCUUUAACGAGGCGCAUUACCCGGAUGUUUAUGCCCGAGAGAUGCUGGCCAUGAAAACAGAACUACCUGAAGACAGAAUACAGGUUUGGUUUCAGAACCGCAGAGCCAAGUGGAGGAAGAGGGAGAAGUGCUGGGGCCGCAGCACGGUGAUGGCUGAGUAUGGACUGUAUGGAGCCAUGGUCAGGCACUCCAUCCCCCUGCCAGAGUCCAUCCUCAAGUCUGCUAAAGAUGGCAUCAUGGAGUCAUGCGCCCCCUGGCUGCUGGUCCAAGAUGGCUUACCAGUCAACAGACGAUAUUCUAAAUCUGAAUACCCGCAACUCUUUGCAGGGAUGCACAAAAAGUCCAUGGAGACAGGAGCGGCCCCUCCAACAGGAAAAUGCGACGUCCCCCAGCAGCCGAGCGCUCAGAGGCCGGAGGACGCUGAGGUGGAGGAGAAGAGGUCAGAGGGCAAGUCCGUCAUUUCUAAAGAGGAACUGAGAGAGAACAGCAUUGCUGCACUCAGGGCCAAAGCACAGGAGCACAGUGCCAAAGUGCUGGGGACAGUUUCUCAUGACAGAUUGCUGGAGGGCAAACACGAGAGACAGGCUGCUGAGGACACAAGCAGCGGUCCCUCGAGUCCAGCAGAGGAGCAGAAAAGUCCCUAGAGACAACCCAGACCCUGGAUGCUGCUAUCAGUGCAGUGGAUUUGCUGCUUUCAGCAUCAGUGUGAACUUAAAGGCUCAGACUUCAGCCUCCACUGGCUUCUCUAAACUGGACUCCAUCUCCAGCGUCUAACGACAGAGCUCUCAUGGUCGGUUGGCUGCUGCCUAGAAGAUGCAAACGCACUUUUUCAGAUUCAUUUCCAGAGACAAUUUGACGUUGAUGUAAAUAGACCCCACGUGGGUAAAAGUUUGACCAAUUGUCUAGUUUUAGAACAUCGAUUGUGUGAAAGGCUGCAUUUAGAUGGUGUUUAUUCAGCUCCUGCUUAUAGAGUCACUAAAUGAGUUCAUUUUAGAUCAGAACCAUUCCACCGACAGGAAGAGAAAGAAAGUAAAUGUUCUAUAUCCCACUGUAUAUACGUAAUUUAAUAACCUGAUUCACUAAGGCACCGUUUGGAAUCUGUUUUCUUGUAGUCCUACAAUGUCUGUGUUUCGAUUUUGAAAUGUGUAUAAGUCAACAUUCAAAGCAUAAAAUAGAAAUAAUUGUUUAUUAAAUGUGUUUUUGACGUCUAUUCUUCUAGCUUUCUUUAAAAUAUAUUUAUUUAUUCGAUUAGAAAGUAUUUAUUUCAGACAGAACUGUGUACAUCUUCACUGUAGUGGUUAUUGGAAAAGACAAUGCUCUGCUGCUUAGACUCAUCAGGAGGCAGUCCACGGCUUUGGUUAGUCCCCAUAAUUUGUUGCAGUUGACAGCUUUUAAUUUCACAUUAAACAAGGGGACUGCCACUUCUGGGACCCGAGGAGAAGAGAAAACACCCCUAAGCAGGAAUGACCUCUCCCUGAUGUAAAAUGAUUUUAGUAAACGCCGUCACCGGCUGAGGCCCGUUUCAUCCUCUCAUCUCAAUACUUAGCCAAAGUCUAACUGCUUGUGGCAGUCUUCACUUUCCCAGACUGUUUAUGAAACAUUGAAUCAAGAGAUUUGGAAAUGGUUUGAUGACGCACUUUUGUUUCAACAUUUACACUUUAUACUCACUCUUAAUGAUCGGACAAUUAAUUAAUUAUUGGUUUAGACCAUUGAAAAGAGCAAUGGGCAACUGUUCUCCGAGUGCUGCUGAACGUGUCAGCAGUGGACCAGUCUCCUUGAGGAACAGGCAGCUAAAAACAUAAAGAAUAAAGAAAUAUGGCAAUGAAAUAAGAAUGGCUGGGAAGCAAAUUGAAAUUGUUUUGAUGUAACGUAGUAUUUGUGUUGAAUUUGGAUUCAAGAUAAGAAAUGACUUCAGCACGAUAAUGUGGAUAAUAAGUGACACUUCAUCUCAUGUCACCUCACCUCUUCUUCUAAACUCAUUUGAUCUCAUCUAAACUUGUCUCACCUCAUUUCAUCUCAUCUCACAUCACUUCAUCUGCUAAACUCAUUUAAUCAAAUUUAAUGUAGUAUUGUCUCAUCUCAUCUUCUAAACUAAACCAAAUUUAUUUAAUCUAAUCUAAUCUUAUCUUAUCUUGUCACCUCUCACCUCACCUCAUUUCACCUCAUCUCAUCCCAGCUCAGCUCAUUUUAUCUUAUCUCACAUCACCUCAGCUUCUAAACUUAUUUUAUCUAAUUUUAUCUAAUUUAGUCUCAUCUCAUCUCCUAAACUAAACUAAACUAAUCUCAUCUUCUCUUUCCUCACCUCACCUCACCACAUCUCAUCUAAUUUAAUCUAAUCUCUUAAACUAAUUUUAUUUAAUCUAAUCUUGUCUCCUCU